UAUUCAGCAGCAGCAGCAGCAGCCUAUUCAGCAGGAUCAGCCAAUGAUACAGGAACUGCAACAACAACAACAACAGCAGCAGCAAGAGCAAGCAGCAGCGGCAGCAGGCGGAGCGGGUGAUUACCAAGCGAUUGGUAUAUUCACGGUGGUAGCAGGCUACAUGCCGGCUUUGAGCGAUGAAAUACAAGUUCGGCCGGGCGAUCAAGUGCAGAUGUUUGUGGAGUACGACGAUGGAUGGUGUCUGGGCGCCAACUUGACAACAGGUCAACAACGUGGUGUGUUCCCUAAGCAUUGUAUUUCGCCGCCGCCUACUCCGACCGCGACCGAUCCACUCGCAGUACAGCAGCAGCAGCAACAACAACUACAGCAACAGCCCGUUGGAGCAGCUGGCAAUCAGCUUUCGGUAAUGGAACUAAAACACCAGAGCAAGCGGGUCAGCUCUUUGUACAGUAACCCUCCUCAGUAGAGUAAAAAAACCACACACAACUUCCUCUCGUUCUCCCUAGCCAUUCCCACUCUUUCUUUGUGUGCGUCUCUUCUAUCCGUGCGUGCAUCCUUGCUGUUCGUGUUGUUGUGUUUCUCACCGUUUUCAUUCUCUCUCUCUCUCUCUUCAUU